UGCCCAAGUAAGGAGAUUACCAUUAACAGGAUCCACCAAAUCUUUAAUCAACAAUGGAUGACGCCUCUUGGAAAGAGAAAAAAAGAGGACUUCUCAGCUUUUGAUUUAUUCCAAAGGAGUUGGGAUAGGCAAAAAAGGAGUUAACAUAUGAUUGAAAACAUGUCUGGAAAAUAAGUUUCCAGGUGAAAAUAGAGUCCCUAUACAGUGGAUUAAGUUUCUAUUCAAGAGGAAUGUCCUUCCAUUUCAAGUGAAGAAUCUCCAAUAUUAUCCCUUUAAAGGUGAACCACGUCUUUGAAGAGACUCUUACUGUUCCUGUUAGGCAGACAGUUCAGUUUCAUUACAGGAGGCGUUCCUAGCUGUCACGUCAGAUGAGUUCAUUUAAAAUGUACAGCGGGAACUUUAACUCGGUUUCCCUCCAAAACAAGAAGGAGGAGCUUCUCGAGUUUGCAACCAUCCGAUUGGCUCAGGGGACGGCACAGGCGGAGGAGACGGGGUGAGUUCAUAUCUGACAGGAUUCAAGCCGCACAGCCGAGCACCAUGACGAGCAGGUGGAAGCUUCUUGUUGUGUCCGUUUUGGUUACAGUUUACUUCAACUUGCCAGCAACCCGUGACUCUAAUGAUUUAUAUGAAUGCACAGAAUUCAGGAAUCUUUCAGUUUCUGAGGGACAAGAUGCCGUGAUAUAUCCGGACAUACUAGCCUCUAAAAACUAUUCUAUUCGGUCACCAAAAUUUUUAAUGUUUGAAGUUGAACAAGGAAGGGUUAAGAAAAAAUGUCCUAAGGAUAAAUGUGUCUGUAAGAAAUCUGCUGCAAUUCGAAGGAACAUUCAACUAAACGAGUCUGGGAUAUACACCGUUAAGUUCGACUUCAAUCAAACUGUCUGCAUAAAUAUCACUGUAUCUGCGUUCAUAGAGCACCCGACCCCUUUUGUGGUACCACAGGACGUCCGUGUUGGCAAUGGGACUACAUUUGAUCAGAAAAAUGAAAACGCAAGUAACGUAAUCAUUGGUGUUGCUGUUCCAAUUGGUGUUAUUGCACUUACAAUUGGUGGUGUUGCCCUUAUAAUUGGUGUUAUUGCCAUUACAAUUACUGCAAUAGUCUGGCGGCAAAGGAAAAAGAACAGAACAUGGUGUUUCAGACAAUCAGUAGUGGCCAAUUGUGAUCCUUCUGUGCAAUAUACGCAGUGCAAUGGAAGGGAUCCUGAAAUAAACAUUUCAGUGCCGACUCCUGAAUGAAGCAGCCUCUGCUGAGUGAUUUCUGAGCUGGAGUACAAAGUGGAUACAAGGUCAAGGUCACUAUUGGGAAUUCACUCUGUACUGAAAUAAUAAUGAUUUAAAGGACAACGUGUGACCCAGUGCAGAUGAUAUGCUGAACGGCACUUGCACCGUCCGACUCCUGCACUGAUCAAUUUAUAUGACAUUCGAACAUGCAAAUGGGACACAUUCCAACAUUCUCUCUGUACAAAUAAUAUUCUUUUAUUUUAUACCAUCUGUCCCCCUGAUCUGUUGGAUGGCUUGCAAGCAUUGUAUGGCUCCUUUAAGAUUCAGAAUGAUUCAAUAACUUGCCACAAGAUGCAGGAGAAAAUGCUAUUUAAUAGCUGUUCUGUUUUGGAAAUAUUUGCUUUUCCUCUGCCAACUUAUUCCCGAGAAGCACAAAAAAAACAAAUAUCAUGUUUACAAUUUUCCACAAAUUACACUCCAAAAUCCAAAACUACCCAUCAGUAAACACUGUAAUAGGAUAUUAUAUGUUUUAUUCCAAAAGCUGCCUUUGUCAUAGUAAAUUAGGUUGAUAAAAGACACACAUCCAUCAAGUUCAACCUUCUAAGUCUAUAUAUAACCUGUCUGUCAACUGCCAGUUGAUCCAGAGGAAGCAACAAAAAACAAACCCAAUUUGAACACUUUUCAUGUGCAAUUAACUGUUUGUAAUGUCACAUUGUUUGUUUAAGAAAUGUGUUUUAUAAGAGAAUACAAACGGCUUAUUUAUUUUGGUGACUUUAAUUUUAUUUUAAAGAGCAAGGCAAGCCAUUUUUAUUCUAGGUCACCCCCAGUGAAUAAGAUUGCUUACUUUGCUCACCACAGUCCAUUUUCCCAUUUCUCCGGUAUUUGUAAUCGAACAGACACUGUAAUAUAUUGGCUGUGGUAGGAAUCUGGGAAAUGUACAAAG